AUGACUCGUCGCACUCAAGCCCCCUCUUCUCAGACCAGCGCUAGCUCAGGCAGAAAGACGCCUAGCCAUGUCCAUCUGAGUUUCUUCGAUAGAUUCCCAGCAUUUGAGUAUGACGACACGCAGCCAGUGAUAUCCGAAUUCAGCAGUCUGUCCCUGGCUAGAGGCUGGAAAAACGGAUCCAAGACGUGGAAGAAGAACUGGAAGCUCUGUAUGAGUGAAUUUUAUGAUAACGUGAUCGGUGCACAUAUCAAUGACCCUGAGACGUGGCAGCAACUUUGUCACAAGUUGGAUAUUGAAGGCGACUUGGGUUCAAUCACAAAGUGCAAAAAGGCCCUCGCCAAGGUUCAUGUCAAUAUCGUGGAUCUCUUGGAAUGCUGGACUAAGGACCAUUCGCCCAGAAUUUUUCGAAACAAAGCUGCCCUGGCCAAUUACACCAAACAAAACAAUAGAUUUUUCUCUCGGGACCUCGCCAAGCAGGACAAGUUGCUUCGUGUGUUGCUGAGGCGUCUUGUGUGA